ACACACCCACACAUGCCUCCGCCGCCCCGGGAUCCCACGGCGCGGGCUGCCACACCCGCUCGUAGGGAGACGACCGCCCACAUCCAGCCCCCAAAGUCGACGGCUUUGCGCCCUCCCCAACUCCAGCAUCGCACCCAGUCAGCGCCCACGGUGCCCAAGAACCCCAGCCACACAUCUGACGACAAUGAGGACGACGACGAUACGCAAAGCGACACGGCAGACGAGCACGACGACGACCAAGACGACGACGACGAUAGCGACUCGGCACCCCCGCGCGCCCGCCGUGACACAUCCGAUGCAGACGACGAGAUUACUGGCGACGACUUCUUCCAGCGUUAUCAUUUCCCCCAGUCCUCGUCGUCGUCAACCACCAACACCGCCAAACACAGGAACAAGAACAACAUGCACAGCGACACGAUUCACGAGGGCGAUUCUGCGCAAUCGUCGUCGGACGAGACCGAGGGGCCCAUUUCACCCACCAACAUCAGGACCAAAGCUCGUCUUUCCGAUGCACCCUCGGAUAGUGCUGCCCCGCCGCGGUCUCCUGUGGCAUCCAUAGCGUCGGGAGCCACCGAUGCCACAUCGGUCACACAGGACAUCAAUGUCGCCGUCAUGGGCAACCCAUCGACGGGCAAGUCCACCUUCAUACGUCGCGCGCUGAACAUACCCGACACGGGCUCGUCAUCCGUGUGCACCCGCCAGAUGACCAUUGACGGCGGAUACUACCUGGUGCGCUUCGUCGAGAUAGCCUUUGACCGCAUACACAUUGGAAACAGCAACACCAUCAAAUGGCCAGAUACCGUCGACGGCCUGCCCACGCCGCGCAUCGACGGUGCCGUGACCCUGUACGACGUGACCAACAAGGCGAGCCUGCAACUUGUGCCUGAAAUGCUGCACGUCCUCUCCAAGUCUGGGCUCCCUUUUAUCUUAGUGGCGGCUAAAUGCGACAAGCACCCCGCACUCCGCGAGAUUGACCCUGCCCGCGUCGAGGAGCGCGCAAAGAAGUUCCCCGGCGACGUCAAUGCCUUUCAGACGUCCACCGAGCAGCCCGAGACGCAGCGCGGCUGCUUGUCCGUCAUCACGCGCGCCGUCAUUGCUGCCAAACGACCCAUAUCCCAAACAUCCAUGGCCCGCCGCCGCGCAAACUCCUCGGCAGUCCGAUCGAGCAUAGCCAAAGACCCAUGGGGCCGUCGACACGAGCGCGCCAGCUCCGAAUUCUCCGCCAGAUAUCGACCGCGAUCCUCGGAAACCGUCAAAAGCCAUCUCCACAAAUCCAGCGAAGCAAACAAAACCUUUUUCCACUUUGAAGAAGAGACUCCGGCCCACGAGGCAAAUGACACCGAUGUCUCGGACGCGGAAAGCGGGGAGCUCCCCUCGGACGAGAAUGGUUACACCUUCGACCAGCUGGUGGAUCGGUUAUUGGCACAACCCAUGUCCAAGAACGAUACAAGAUUUGUAGCCAUCUUUCUGGCCCUCUAUCGAAAGUUUGCGACACCGGGACAGCUACUCGAAGCGAUACUGAAGCGAUUCGAUUCGCUGCGACGACUCCAGACUCCACCCAUCACGCGCAUCAUAGCCCAACUGCGAUGUCUCGCCAUCUUACAGCAGUGGGUGAGCUACUAUCCCGGCGACUUUGCAUACCCUACGACGCGGCGGACUCUGCGCAAGUUCGCAUCAGCCAUGUCCUCGAACCGAGAAUUCGCGGCCGCUGCAAAAGAGAUCAUGAGUGCCAUUCAUGCUGUCACCGAAGAUGACGAUACAGAUUGGGCUUGCAGCGAUCGGCAGCGGAUCCAAAGUGACAGCGUGGUCAACUUUCAUACGGCACUGGAUGAAGAUACCGAUGAUGACGACGAUUUCACUAGGGCAUUGGGCUCCAUGUCCAUGUCGUCGUCUGAGCGUUUGUCGGCGUCACGGACUAACACAACAGGAACCUCGCGAAUCACGCAGUCCUCGACCUCGUCCUCCACACUGAGCUUGCUCCACCAAGUCGACCAAAACGAGAGACAGGCCAGACUCCUCGUGCCGAACCCGAUAAAACCCCUCACCAAGAUACAAUGGCAUCAGCUGAUUGCCGAGUCGGAGCAGGUGAUUGCGCGGGAACUGACAAGAAUGGAUUGGAUCAUGUUUUCGUCUAUACGGCCGCGAGAUUUUGUGCGCCAUGUCAGUGCAGGCACCGAGGAGAGGAAGAAAUACAAAAACCUGGAAAGCGUGAACCGCAUGAGCGACCAUUUCAACCACGUCGCCUACCUGGUCGCAAACUACAUCCUCCUUCGCGACAAGGCCAAGCAUCGGGCCACGAUGAUGGAGAAGUGGAUGAAGGUCGCACGCCAACUGCGCAUCAUGAACAACUACAACACGCUCGGGGCCAUCAUUGCAGGCAUCAAGAACGUAUCCGUGUUUCGCCUCAAGGAAACUACGAGCUUGCUGUCUUCGCAGGUAGGCCACGACUUUACGCGAUUGGAAAUGCUCAUGAGCACACAACAAAGCUCCGCAAAGUACCGGCUGGCGUGGCAGAACAGCUUCAACGAGCGUAUCCCUUUCAUUCCGCUGCACCGCGGCGAUCUGGUGUCAGCUUCAGAAGGCAACUCUACCUUUGUCGGUGACAAGGCAAAGCCGGUCGAGCCUUCCGCGCCGCAUCCGGGCACAAGCGUGUACCCAGGCUCCGCGUCGAACCGAAAUUCUCGAGAAGCGCCCCCCGGAGGCGUCAUGGGUAAGGAGCGGAUCAACUGGAAGAAAUUCGACAUUAUGGGCCAAGUGGUGGUGUCGCUGCAACGGGCCCAAGGUACGCCGUACGCCAACUGGCAAAAGAACGAAGAGAUUCGCAAUCUCGUCCUGGACGUCAAGAUCUGCAAAGACGAUGAUGUUCUCUACGACCGCAGUGUGCAACUCGAAGCCGCCGCCUCGGGCGAGAAAAAGAGGCUGUUCAACUGGAUCAGAGAGCCGCGCCUCUCAUUGCCGCAUCUGCCCCCCGCGCAAAACUACCAAACGGAAGCGUCGGCGAGUAAUUACAUGAGGAUCUGA